AUGACUGACUGCCCUGCAGAGUGCUGUAUGGCUAGCUACACCACAGCCAGCACCUGGCAGGAGAAUCAAAGAAACGCUACUUCACUAAAGAAGUGUAAGAUCAGGCCUGAGGACCUUGAGACUGCUGCUUCUGACCAUGACACAUGGUGGCAGCGCUACUAUGAGGGAACUCAGAGGCUGGAGGAGGACAGGACUGCCAGAAGACACCGAAAAAGACUCAGUAGAAACACACCCACACCCAUGACUGCCAGUAUCACCACCACUACAAGCUACUCAUGUCCCACCUGCAAUAGAAUAUGUGGCUCCAGGAUUGGACUCUUUCGCCUACAACAAACUCACCGUUAA